CGGGGCGGGGUUCGCUCUCUCCCUGGUAACAGCCGCGCUGCGGGGCCGCGCCCUGCCCAGGCCUCCCCUCACCCCCUCACCCCACCUCACCCCCACCUUCCCGCCGCCAUGCAGGGCGAGGACGCCCGGUACCUCAAGAGGAAGGUAAAAGGAGGCAACAUAGAUGUGCAUCCAUCAGAGAAAGCCCUCAUUGUCCACUAUGAAGUGGAAGCAACAAUUCUGGGAGAGCUGGGAGACACCAUGCUGGGGGAGCGCAAGGAAUGUCAGAAAAUCAUUCGGCUGAAGAGUCUUAAUGCAAACACAGACAUUGCUUCCCUGGCUCGGAAGGUGGUUGAGGAAUGCAAGCUCAUUCACCCCUCCAAACUUGCAGAAGUAGAACAGCUGCUGUACUACCUGCAGAACCGCAGAGAUGCCUCAGCAGGAAAAGAAAAGAAAGAGAAAUCUAGCAAGCCCAAAGAUCCACCCCCAUUUGAAGGAAUGGAGAUUGAUGAAGUUGCCAAUAUCAAUGACAUGGAUGAAUACAUUGAGUUAUUGUAUGAGGACAUUCCUGACAAGGUGCGUGGCUCUGCCCUUAUCCUGCAGCUGGCUAGGAAUCCUGAUAAUUUGGAAGAACUUCUUAUCAAUGAAACUGCCCUGGGUGCAUUGGCUAGAGUGCUGAGGGAAGACUGGAAACAAAGUGUGGAGCUUGCUACCAAUAUAAUUUAUAUUUUCUUCUGCUUUUCAAGUUUUUCUCAGUUUCAUGGAAUAAUCACUCACUACAAAAUUGGAGCUCUGUGUAUGAAUAUCAUAGACCAUGAAUUGAAGAGACAUGAGCUCUGGCAGGAAGAACUUGCUAAGAAGAAGAAAGCUGUUGAUGAAGAUCCUGAAAAUCAGACACUGAAGAAGGACUAUGAGAAAACUUACAAGAAGUAUCAAGGGCUGGUUGUCAAGCAGGAACAGCUACUCAGAGUUGCACUUUACCUGCUCCUGAAUCUUGCUGAGGAUACUCGGACUGAGCUGAAGAUGAGGAACAAGAACAUUGUCCACAUGUUGGUGAAAGCACUGGACCGGGACAAUUUUGAGCUGCUCAUCCUGGUUGUGUCUUUCUUGAAGAAGCUCAGCAUUUUUAUGGAGAACAAAAAUGAUAUGGUUGAAGUGGAUAUUGUUGACAAACUCGUGAAAAUGGUGCCCUGUGAACAUGAAGACCUGCUGAACAUCACUCUCCGACUCUUACUAAAUCUCUCCUUUGACACAGGCCUGAGAAAUAAAAUGGUACAAGUUGGUCUGCUGCCCAAACUCACUGCACUUCUAGCAAAUGAAAACUACAAGCAAGUAGCAAUGUGCAUCCUGUAUCACAUAAGCAUGGAUGAUCGAUUUAAGUCAAUGUUUGCAUACACAGACUGCAUCCCACAGUUAAUGAAGAUGCUUUUUGAGUGUCCUGAUGAGCGAGUGGACCUGGAACUCAUUUCUUUCUGUAUUAACCUUGCUGCUAACAAAAGAAAUGUACAACUUAUCUGUGAAGGAAAUGGUUUGAAAAUGCUAAUGAAGCGGGCUUUGAAAUUUAAGGACCCGUUGUUAAUGAAGAUGAUAAGGAAUAUCUCACAACAUGAUGGGCCAACUAAAAGCCUAUUUAUUGAUUAUGUUGGUGAUUUAGCAGCUCAAAUAUCAAAUGAUGAAGAGGAGGAGUUUGUGAUUGAAUGCCUGGGAACACUUGCAAAUUUGACCUUACCAGAUCUGGACUGGGAACUUGUGCUGAAAGAGUAUAAACUGGUUCCAUACCUCAAGGAUAAACUAAAACCAGGUUCUGCAGAAGAUGACCUGGUUUUAGAAGUGGUAAUAAUGAUUGGAACAGUUUCUAUGGAUGACUCUUGUGCUGCUCUGCUGGCCAAAUCUGGAAUCAUCCCUGCACUCAUUGAGCUUCUAAAUGCUCAGCAGGAAGAUGAUGAAUUUGUCUGCCAGAUCAUCUAUGUGUUUUAUCAGAUGGUCUUCCACCAAGCCACCAGAGAUGUCAUUAUCAAGGAAACCCAGGCUCCAGCAUAUCUGAUAGACCUGAUGCAUGAUAAAAAUGCUGAGAUCCGUAAGGUUUGUGACAACACUCUGGACAUCAUAGCGGAAUAUGAUGAGGAAUGGGCUAAAAAAAUCCAGAGUGAGAAAUUUCGCUGGCACAACUCUCAGUGGCUGGAGAUGGUGGAGAGUCGGCAGAUGGAUGACAGUGAGCAGUACCUCUAUGGGGAUGAUGGCAUUGAGCCCUACAUCCAUGAAGGGGAUAUUCUGGAGAGACCUGACCUCUACUACAAUGCAGAUGGCCUAAUAGCCCCUGAUGGAGUGGUGAGUCCAGAUUUCUUCAGUGAUUACCAUCUUCAGAAUGGAGACCUGAUUGGGCAGCAUCCCUUCUCUAGCAGCAUUGGAGUUGAUGGGUUUGGCCAAGCCCCGGGGGUCCCGGGCCGCCCAGCCACUGCCUACGGAUACCGCCCGGAUGAACCCUUCUACUACAGCUAUGGGGCACGGUGAGACAGCCCCACUGCAGGGCCCAGCCCCUGCCUGGCUGCCAGGAGAGCUCUCCCUGGGUGUCCUGCAUGAGUGUUCCCUGACAGGUCCAUUGCUCUGUAUCCUUUGGUGUCUGUAGCUCCAGCCAGGCCCGGCUGUUCUGGGUCCGGUGUUUUAGUGACAGUGUUUGCUCUUGGGUUGCUCUCUGUUGUUGUUUCUGUACAGUAUUUGCUCUGUGACUUGAAAGGAAGAAUUGGAAAGCUCCCAGACUGGAAAGGGUCACAUUAUGUAUAUUAAGCUACUAAUUUAAUUUCUAUUAAAUAUAAAAAAAAACAAAACCCAAAACCCUGCGUGGUCAGCGGUGGUGAAUGUGCUUUUAGGUUCUGUUUGUUUUACAAGGCAUUUAAGGAGAAUGCUUCGUGUGAAGUGUGCUCAGCAUGGACUGUUUCACUCUCACACUUCUGUAAUGGGAACUCUUGUUAAGCCCCAGCACCUCCUGGUGCUGCCUUGACCCGGGGGUACCAAAGUCCAGCCCUGGGUGUGAAGAUUUAAUAAUGGAAAGACAGCACAGAUUCCCUCCCAUGGAGCUUCAGACCUCUACCAGCUACUUUAAAGGUUUGAAAACACUUAAAAUUAGAAACCAUGCUGCAGCAGAGUCCCUUUACCAUGGUGUUUCAGCAGAGUUCUGUGGGCUGAGAGAAGGCAGCAGCAGCAUGGGGAAAAGGAAAAGAAACCAACACUGUAAGUUUAUUCCCAAUCCAGAUUCCCUUCCACCAACUUCUGCUACCAAGAGAGGAGCCAGGAACAGCUCCUCCUGUGUGGGAAGCUGAUGGCAGUGAUCAGGAAGCUGACAUGCUAGCAGUCUGAUACUUGAAAAAGCUUUUAAAAAUCAAGAUAGUUGCUUUAUCUUUUACCAAUGUGGAGGUACUUGUAGGUGCAAUGUUACCCACUGUGUUUCCUACUGCACGACUGGGAAGGAGUCUGAAGUUAUCCAUGGUAUCUCAUACAUAUUUUCAGCCUCCUCCCUGUGUGCUGGCUUUGUUUUCAUGCCUUCCUCUACUGGAGGUAUUAAAAAAAAAUCAGCACUGCCAAGAUGAAUGUUUUAAAAUAUAAUUUUCUAUACAUUUUUUUUUUUAAGAUCUUACUAGAAAAGUUGCAGAAAACGUGAAUUAAACUGCAGGGCUUCCAGUCUUGUGCCUUUCUAGAUCUUUUCCAUUGGCCUGAGCCUCUGCUGUGUCUGCCCAGCAGUUGUGCCACAUUUAGCCAAAAGCUUUCAGAUAUUUUUCCAGUUAAAGCUGUGAGAGCAAUUACCCAAAGUGCAGAUUCAGACCCAGGCUUUUCUUUUGAGACUGGCACUGGCUCAUCAGGCUUUUCCAGAAAAUUAGUGUGAAGUUAUUUAAAGCAGUUGCCUUUCUCAUGGAACGUGGUUUUUAGGGAAAAAAGAAAAAGAAAAAAAAAAAAAAAAAAAAAAGGAUGAAGUGGGUCCUUAGAGUAUAAGCAAACUAUCAAUGAAACUGAAAGAGCCUUUUAAUUGGAAGCUUCAGGUUAAGAGGGAGCUGCAGUCCAGCUUCAUUCAGCAGAUGGGUGGGUGCCUGUAAUUGUGACCAUACUGAGAAUAAAUGGGAGU